GCACCUGUUCUUUUUUACACCUAGCAGUCUCUUUCCUACAAACCAGUUCUGGAAGUUGCAACUAUACACCAUGCUUAGACAGUAUUAUUUUUUGGCUCUACAUCAAGCGUUCUUGCUUUUCCUUCCAUGGGUGCUGCUGGAUAUUCCUAGUAAUGUUUAUGGACAACAGCUUCAUGCUUGCAAAGAAUCAGAGUACCACUAUGAAUAUACAGAGUGCGACAGCUCAGGAACAAGGUGGCGGGUGGCAGUUCCUCAUACCCCAGGACUUUGCACUGGGCUUCCAGACCCAGUCAAGGGCACAGAGUGCUCAUUCUCCUGCAGUGCAGGACAGUUUCUUGAUAUGGAGGAGCAAAAAUGUAUGCCGUGUGGAGGAGGUACCUACUCUCUUGGAACUGGUGUGCGUUUUGAUGAAUGGGAAGAGCUUCCACAUGGCUUCUCUACAAUGUCCAGCAAUCAGUACACAGCAGAUGAUGGAAUCAACAUGAACUGUAGCAUGUCACAGUGGGAACCACAUGGUGAAUAUGUUGCCUCAAACACAGAUGAAUGUUCAACUGCUCUAAUGUAUUCUAUCAACCUAAAGCAGGAGGGAUCUGUAGCAUUUGAAUACUUAUACCCAGACAGUAAGAUUGGCUUUGAGUUCUUUGUUCAAAAUGAUCAGUGCCAACCAAGAGAAGAGGCUUCCAGAUGGAUGAGAACUACAGAAAAGGGGUGGAGUUAUCACCAAGUGACGUUGACAAAAGGCAAUAAUGUUCUUUACUGGAGAACAGCAGCUUUCUACUUGGGAAGUGUCAUUCCUAAACCUGUGCUAUUGAGGACUAUACAGAUUACAGGUGCUGCCUAUACUUCAGAAUGUUUUCCCUGCAAGCCAGGCACAUUUGCCUCCACCAAUGGAACAUCAACCUGCCAAGUGUGCCCGAAAGAUACAUACUCUAACCGAGGGGCUUCUUCCUGCAUCUCAUGUGACCCUGAUAAAUAUUCAGAUUCUGGUUCUGCUUCUUGCAACCUUCGCCCUCCUUGUACAGAAAAAGAUUAUUUCUACACACACACACCAUGUGAUGACAAUGGGGAGACCCAGCUGAUGUUUAAAUGGAUUGAGCCCAAGAUAUGUAGCGAGAGUGUAGAAAAUGCUGUAUCAUUGCCAACCUCUGUUGUUAAGAAGAAGUGCCCUCCCUGUAACCCAGGUUUCUAUCAGACGAACUCCAGUUCCUGUGAACCAUGCCCUCUAGGUUCAUUCUCAAAUGGCACCAGCUGUAUUAGCUGCCAAGUUGGCACAGAAGCUGUUUUAGGCUUUGAGUACAAGUGGUGGAAUGUUCUACCAACCAACAUGAGGAGCACAGUCAUGAGUGGAGUCAAUUUUGAUUACCAAGGUGUAUCAGGAUGGGAGGUAGCUGGUGAUUACAUUUACACAUCUGCAGGAUCCUCAGACAAUGAUUAUAUGGUGCUUACUAUGAAUAUUCCCAGUUUCAGCACUCCACGGACUGUUGCACAAGAUGCAGAAAAUAAAGAGGUUUCCCACAUUACUUUCGUAUUUGAAAUGACAUGUUCUGUGAACUGCCAGCUGUACUUCAUGAUGGCUGUGAAUUCAGAGGGGAGCUCAGUUAUAAAGAACUGGGUAGGUACUCAGGAGAAGCAGUCAUAUACCUAUCGUAUACAAAAGAAUGCUAACACUACCUUUACUUGGGCAUUUCAACGAACCAGUGUCAGAGAAAUGGGUCGCAAGUACACAGAAGAUGUGGCUAAGAUUUAUUCUAUUAAUAUUACCAAUACCAAGGAUGGUGUAGCAUCUUGGUGCCAGCCCUGUGCCCUAGGCACAGACUCUCUAUGUAUCUCUUGCCCUCCAGGGCAUUACAUUGACAAAAAGACAAGUAGUUGCACCCUUUGCCCAUCAAACACAAUACUGAACACACACCAACCCUCUGGACUGGAAGCCUGUGUGCCAUGUGGCCCAGGGACGAAAAGCAACAAUGCACACUCGGCAUGUUUUAGUGAUUGUUUACUGACUGUACCAGCAGGAAGGGGGCAGCUAAAAUAUAAUUUUUCUGCUGUUCCUAACGUGACAUCAUUCAAUGGACCACCCAGCUUUACCACCAAGGGCAAGAAAUAUAAUCAUCACUUCAGCAUAAGUCUUUGUGGAAAUCAGGGGAAAAGGCUGGCUUCUUGUGUGGAUAAUGUGUUAGGUGGCAGAGGGUCAGAGAUAGAAUCAUGGAACUCUGUGGCUUCCUACAUUUGCCAGUCAGUAAUUGUACCAUCAGAUGCAUCAGGACACACAAUAUCAUCGCAGCCAGUCAGCAUUGCUGAUCAGCUACUCGGUGUGACAACUGCAACAACUCUUGGUAAUAUUUCUGCACAAUCGUUUCCUGGAGAAAAUGCAGGGAUACAAGACAUUAUUUUCUACUUUAGAUCUGAUGAUAUCACUGAUUCUUGCCAUUCUGGCCGUGCCACAACUGUUCGACUUCGUUGUAAUCCACAAAUAAGUGCUUUGGACAAAUUGUCCUCUCCUAGUGAUUGUCCAGAAGGAACUUGCGAUGGGUGCACAUUUCAUUUUCUGUGGGAGACACAAGCAGCAUGUCCCCUUUGCAGUGAACAGGACUACCAUAUCAUCACUGGUGAAUGCCAACAUGGUCUUCAGCGGACCUCCCCAAUGUGGAGAGAACCACGCAUGUGUGUUGGUGGUGUAAAUCUACCAGGUCCAACUGUCAGUAUCUGUAAGAGUACAGACUUUUGGCUUAAAGUGGGUGUGUCCGGUGGUAUCUGCACUGCUCUGCUGCUCACUGUCCUCACUGGGUACUUUUGGAGGAAAAAUCAAAAACUAGAAUAUAAGUACUCACGCCUAAUGAUAAAUGCUCCUUCUAAAGACGGGGAGCUUCCAGCAGCUGACAGCUGUGCCAUCAUGGAGGGAGAGGAUGCAGAGGAUGACUUAAUCUUCAACAACCACCGUUCUCUGUUGCGCAAAUUCAUGUCCUUCUCUGGGAAGAGAUCAUCAGAUGGAUUUGAUUCAGUACCUCUAAAGUCAUCAGGAGGUGUUGACAUGGACAUGUGAUAAAAACUAAUGGUUCCCUCAGGCUGUCAAUGUGGUGUCAGUGUUUGGAAUGAUAUUAGUCUCAGAGAUUACAUAAUUGUAGAUUCUGGCUAUUAAAAAAAGAAUUCCCUAAGAUAAUAAACUGUAACGUUAGAUCCUAUGUGGUUAAAAGAACCCAUUGACUUUGGGAAAGCUGUGUUAUGUGAUUAUGCCCACUGUACCUGGGUAAAUGGGCAGGUACAAUAAUAGUGUUUGUAAGAGUAUUUUUUAGAGAAUCAGCUUCUGUCUUACAAAGUAACACUGCCCAGUGGUGAAACUACUUGGGAGCACCCACGGUACAGGGGGCCCAAAACAAACUGACUGCUGUAUGGCAGCCCCCCUCCUUUGCUACAUCUUAAAUUAGCCGUGUGUCGAAAACAUGCCAGAGGACGACCAAGUUGUGGUGGGGAAGGGUGCCGGGGGCUGCAAGAUUUAUGCUGGACUCCAAUGAAGAUUUUUUACAUUACACCACUGACAUUGCCCAUAUAUUAGUAAGAAGAGAUCACAGUGUGCAUCCAUCAUUUGAGCACAAUAUUAUGUUAAACUGCCAAUCAUUCCACACAGAUGUAAAUAAUGGCUUUGGAGACCUUGGAACACCUACUUUUUUGCUCAUUUCUUUAUCUUUCACAACUCUGUUCUGGUUCCGAAGAUGGUGUACACUUGGUGCAUCUUAGUUUCAUUUUGUUCUUAAAGAAUAUGUCAUUCAGAGUUGUAAGUGUUUUAAUGCAAUAAAUAAAAAGUAACUUUUUUUAUAUAAA